GAUGCAAUUAAGUAGGUGUAAGUUUCAAGAAAACCUAACAUCGUUUUUUUAGUAACAUGAAAUGGCAAAAGAAAUUUGUGUCUACUUUAGUAUUAGCAUUUAUUUUCUUAUGCAUAUGGAUCCUUUGGAGUUCUGAUGAAAUGAAAGACUCAUUACUGUUACAUAAAAAGAAUUAUGAUUACAUGAAAGACUUUAUACUCUCACCACCAGUUACAUAUUGCAAAAAAAGUUCAUUUCUAACAAUUAUAGUGACAUCAUAUGUUGGACAUGUUGAAUUAAGAAGUGCACACAGAAGAGCCAUGCCAGCUGAUCUCUUAGAGUCUAUGAAUGUAACAAGAGUUUUUUUACUAUCAAAAAUUCCUGUGACUGAAAAAUACAUAACACAAGCAGCUAUUAUAAAUGAAUUAAGUAUUUAUAAAGACAUACUUCAAGGUUCAUUUGUAGAAAAUUACAGGAAUCUUACUUUAAAACACUUGAUGGGAUUGAGAUGGGCCAGCAAUGUAUGUAGACCUACCUACAUACUAAAAGUUGAUGAUGAUACUGUGUUUAGCCUUGAGGGCACAUACAAAUUACUACUGAAACUAGGUAUCCAAGAAACCGUGUUAAUGGGAUAUAUGUUAAACAAUACUGUGCCUAGAAGGAAUAUAGAGAACAAGUGGUAUGUGACACAACAAGAAUACAAUUUGAAUAAAUAUCCAGAAUACUUAUCAGGGUGGUAUUACAUUACUACAUCAAGUGUUGCAACUAGACUAUGUGAUAUGGCUUUAUACCAACCUCACUUCUGGAUAGAUGAUAUUUACAUCACUGGAAUUUUAAGAAACAUAUUAGGUCUGAAAUUAAUACAAGUGCCUGAAGAUUAUUGGCUAGAAUAUUAUGAACUUCUGGAAUGCUGUAUGACAGAUAUGACAAAAAAGUUUAUAAGAUGCGAGUAUGUUGUUGGUCCUAACGGUGGAAGGAAUAAUCUCAUUUUAGAAUUUAACGAAGCUUUAAGAAAUUGUGAUAAUCAAAAAAACUGUAUGGUGCGUCCUAUUGAUAAACCAUUGAAAAGAGUGUGUUUUGUCAAAAGAGAGAGAGACAUUUUUAGUAAAGGCCAAGGUAAAGUGGAGCUCAUACAAGCUUAAGUUACUAAUCCUAUAUAAAGUUAUAUGCAUGUGGUAAUAUUUUAAUUA